AUGGCUCUCCCCUUUUCUUCUAAAAACCCAUCAUUUCUCAUUGUCUUCUUUUUAUCAUCUCUUCUCUUUCUCAAUACCCAACAAUGCAACCAUCACCACUUCUCUGCUUUGCUCGACUUAAAGAAUGGCUUUUACUUCCCUCCUCUCCCCUCUUGGAAUUCAAACAACUCCGAUUGCUGCUCUUGGGAAGGCAUCACGUGUGAUGGACCCACUGGUCACGUGAUCAGCCUCGACCUCAGUGGCCUUCGGAUCAGGGGUCGGAUUGAUUUUGAAAGCCUCUUUCGUCUUCGGAGCCUGCGAAGGCUCAACCUCGCUUACAAUGAUUUUGAUGGCUCUCCAAUCCCAUCUGGGUUUGAACAGCUCACCAGUUUGACCCAUCUCAACCUCUCUCAGUUAUCCUUUUAUGGCCAAAUCCCACUGGAAAUCUCCCGCUUGAUCACUUUGGUUUCUCUCGAUCUUUCUUUCAAUCUAUAUUACAAUGGUUCAUCCUUCAAAUUCCUGAAACUCGAAAACCCAAGCAUUGGAGCAGUCGUCCAAAACCUGUCCAAUCUGAGUGAACUCUAUCUGGACUGGGUACACAUCUUACUGCAGGGCCAGACCUUAGAUUUGCCACUCCCUACUCUCCGCAAGUUGAUCUUACAAGAAUGUGAUAUUUCAGGCUCCAUCUAUUCUUCCCUUUUGCAGCUCCAUUUCUUAUCUGAACUCGACCUCAGCGGAAACAAUCUAUCCUCUGCAGUGCCCAAUUUCAUAGGGAACUUAUCCUCAUUGACGUCCCUGCUCCUUACAGAUUGUGGAUUGCAUGGAAAAUUCCCUCAGAGUGUUUUCCAGAUGACAAAUCUACAAAUCAUUGGCAUAUCAGACAAUCCACUUGUAGCUAUCAAUUUGCCAGAGUUCCCUCAAAACAAUACUCUACAGCAAUUGAUCCUUUCACACACUGGACUUUCAGGAAAGUUACCAGAUUCUCUCAGUAAUCUCAAAUUCUUGACUCAUUUAGACCUCAGCAAUUGCAACUUGUCAGGAUCAUUACCAUCCUCACUUUGGAACCUUACCAAACUGCAAUAUCUGGAUCUUUCAUCCAAUAAAUUGAGCGGCCCAAUUCCUUCUUCAUAUGGAAAUGAGCUUCUGAAUCUCAAAGAGAUAGGCUUACAGAAUAAUUUGCUUAAUGGGACCAUUCCAUCAUCAUUGCUUUCACUCCCAUCAUUAUAUCAGCUGGACCUCACAGGUAACCAAUUUAGUGGUCAACUUGGUGAGUUCCACAAUGCCUCUUCUUCACUGCUGGAGUACAUCCAUUUGGGUAACAAUAAAUUGCAGGGGAUGAUACCCAGAUUUAUCUUUCAACUUACCAAGCUUCAAACACUUAAGGUUUCUUCCAAUAAUUUCAGUGGUGUUGUAGAGAUGGGCUUAUUUCAAAACCUCAAAAAACUUUACUCUCUGGAUCUUUCAGAUAACAACUUGUCAGUCCAAUAUGGCAGUGGUAAUUCCACAUUUGUUUUCAUCCCCCAGUUUCAAUCUUUGUUGUUACGAUCUUGCAACAUCACCACAUUUCCAAAUUUCUUGAGAAAUCAAGUGCAGUUGAGGCAACUGGACCUUUCCUACAAUAAAAUUAGUGGUGAAAUACCCAAAUGGAUAUGGGAGGGAAUGGAACCAUCUCCCCAUCUUUCGUUGAGUUCCUUGCAAUACCUUGACCUUAGCUCCAACAAGCUAGAAGGCUCACUUCCUAUCCCACCACCUUCCAUCUUUUUCUUUUCAAUUCCACCAUGUUUGGGUGAGAUUGGUGAUGCCCUGUCUGUGUUGAAUCUUCAAGGAAAUGCUUUCAAUGGCACCUUACUUCAGACAUUUAAAGAGGGAUGCAACAUACAAACGCUUGAUCUCAGUGGGAAUCAAUUAGAGGGCCAAGUGCCAAGGUCUCUGGCUAAUUGCAAAAUGUUGGAGUUAUUAAACUUGGGAAACAAUCACAUACAUGACACCUUCCCUUUAUGGUUGGGAGAUUUGUCCCAGUUGCGUGUUCUUGUCUUGAGAUCCAACCAAUUUCAUGGCACCAUUGGGCAUCCUCUAACAAAUCAAGUUUUUCCUCUGUUACAAAUUUUCGACCUCUCUUUCAAUAGCUUUGAGGGUAAUUUGCCAUCAAAUAUGUUCAAGAGCUGGAAGGCAAUGAUGGAAGACGACAAAUCCCAAUCUUUGGUCCUUGGAAAAAUGAUAAACAGAAGUUCCAUAUACUAUCAAAACAAAGUGUCUGUAGUGAGCAAAGGGCUAAUGAUGGAAGUGGUAAAGAUCCUUACUGCCUUCACUGUAGUGGAUCUCUCGGAGAACAAAUUUCAUGGGGAUAUCCCGGAAUCAAUUGGGGAUCUAAAGUCACUCCUUGUGCUCACUAUGUCCAACAAUGAUUUAACCGGCGGAAUUCCAACAUCACUUCAGAAUCUAAGGGAUUUAGAGUCAUUAGAUCUCUCGCAAAAUAAAUUGUCUGGAGAGAUCCCUUGGCAGCUAACAGAUCUAACAUUCCUUGCAGUGUUGAAUCUCUCACAAAAUUUCCUCGUGGGAAAAAUACCACAAAGCCGGCAAUUUCUUACAUUUAACAGCGAAUCAUUCAAAGAGAACUCAGGAUUGUGUGGACCUCCACUAUCAAAGAAAUGCGAAGAUGCAGAGAGUGCACCACCGUCCCCUCUGUCAACAUUACAAUCUGAAAGGAAAUAUGAUUGGGAAUUAAUGUGGAUAGGAUUUGGAGUUGGACACGGAGUACGAAAACGUCUGUCUUCCUUCAGCAACUCAGAUCGACAGACCAUGGUUGGGACAAUGGCAACAAAGCCAAAUCCAACAUUUGAGUUUUCAAAGAGAAGGCCAGUCUCCAAGCUCUAG